AUGGCAUCAUCUCAGACCACCGCCGCCUCUACGCCCUCGAUUUCGGACCAGCCCAUUACUGGGACGUCUCUGGACUUUUCCCUCUUCUUCAAAGCAACGUAUCCUGAUGAGGACACCCAGAACACCACCGGCGGGUCACGUAAGCGCAAAUCCAGGGGUAUGGUGAUGUAUCGAUGUCUCCAUUGCCCUGCCGAUAAGCCCUGGGCGAAUCGGAAGCGGGACAACGCAUGGCAUCACGCCCGGCGGUGCCAUGCCGAUAUUAUCUCUUCCCUCGAUCGCACGCUCAUUGGGGGCAGUUCUGAUGUUCUAGAUGAUGAAAGGGAAGCCACACGCCCUCGGAUUGAUGCUUUCUUUCCCUCUCGUUACUCGGAUGUCUCUCUCCGCCCCUAA